CUUCAGGGCGCGCACCACCAGAGCCCUACUACGGUCGCUACAUCGGAGAAUUCACCAAUUUUGCGCACGGCAUAAAGGGCUCCAUUUAUGCUGUCGACGAAUCUACGCUGUUCAUCAAAUCAUUUGCAUAUGAUGGCACGGGACCGGAUGCAUUCUUCUGGGUUGGUAAAACUCCACGUCCAAGUCCCGAAGGAUACAUCAUACCAUAUCCAGAAGAGUAUGCUGGCAUCGAUCCACCAAUAUUGCAAGCGCACAACAACACCAACAUCAUACUGCGUCUGCCCAUGGGCAAAAGGAUUAAGGAUAUACGAUGGCUGUCCGUGUGGUGCCGACGAUUUACGGUUGAUUUCGGUGAAGUCUUUAUCCCACCUAACCUAGAUGUACCAAAGCCACGCGUGCUACCGGAAUUCAAGCGUCUAGCACAUGGACUUCGCUCGAGCAAUAUAAGUGUUUUGGAUGCGAAAACUUUCUAUAUACCCAAUCUACACUACGACGGCGCCGGUCCAGAUGCCUAUUUUUGGGUUGGCAAUGGCUCCGAACCCAAUAUUAUGGGAAUUAAGGUUCCCAAUGAGGUUGGCUCACUAGAACCGCUACGUGGUUAUCAAGGCGAAGAUAUUGAGAUACAGUUACCCGGCUCCUUGACAGUUUACGAUAUCGAUUGGCUGUCAGUUUGGUGUGUGGAGUACAGGCAUAAUUUCGGACAUGUUUUUAUACCAAAAGAUUUGGAUGUGCCGCCAGCGUUGGGUCAAACAAAAAUAACGCCUCCAUGGUGGUAUACACCUACUACCACCACACCACGUCCCGUCUACGCCAAUUGUCGUGAGAUUAUACCCGACAAACUGCAAGUGAAAUGGGAGAUACAAGGUGAAUACAUACAGAUCGAGCUGUUUGGACGCAUUGCCGAGGAUCAAUACAUGGCUUUCGGUCUGUCUGGUGCCAAUGGACGCGCUCAAAUGUCGCAAUCGGAUGUCGUUGUUGCAUUCUACGAUACCAAUGCGCGCGUUUUUCGCGCUGAAGACUACUUUAUCUCCGAUUUGUCGCAAUGCGAUGGUCAGCACGGCGCUUGCCCCGAUAGUCGCAUCGGUGGACGUAACGACGUUAUUGUGUUGAGCGGCGAUCGCAAGAACAAUGUGACCAGCAUACGCUAUAAGCGUCUCAUACAAACCAAUGAACCUAUCUAUGAUUUUGCCAUACCAUUGGAUCGCGAAGUGUCCGUGAUCGCUGCGAUCGGGCCGUUGAAUAGUCUCAUGGAGGCAAAUGCACAUUCGCACACCGGCAAUGAUCACACCAUCGACGACGUGCGCAUUAAUUUCUCAUCGCGUAACGAUCAUUCGUGCAAGAAUUCGCUGUAUAGCUUCAAAGAUCAGAGCGGACCAAAACCUUGGCCAACACGCAAGAUCACUAACCAGACCGUAUUCACAGCUCGCAUUGGUCCCACAGGCGGUAAGCGCGGUUACACGCCACUCACUGGUAUACCAUCCUGGGGUAUUGCUUGGUACUUGAAUGAUCUGCUAAUACCAGAAAUAACGGUGCAGCGUGGCAAAACUUAUGAGUUUUAUGUCGAAGGCGGCGAUGAUCCCGCACAACCUGCCAGAUACCAUCCAUUCUAUAUCACCGAUUCACCAGAAGGCGGUAUUGGACAAAUGACUGGUCUUGAAGUAAGCAAACAAAAAGCUUAUGCCGGCGUCGAAUUCGAUGAGGAGGGUAACCCGAUACCGACUGCAUUUGGGCGCUAUUGCGAAUGGACACAUCGUACAGUUGAUUUAUCAGCCCAGAUCGAAACUUUUGAGGAGUAUGUGAAGACCUUGAUGCUGGAAUGUGUUGAAGGUGAACCAGGCUACUUAAAUUGGACAGUACCAUUGGAUGCUCCAGAUCUGCUGUAUUAUCAGUGCUUCACACAUCGAAAUCUCGGCUGGAAGAUUAACGUUGUCGAUGCCACGGACGCAUCAGCUGCGCUCCAAUUAACCAUCACCAAUGCGAUUGUGUACACAAUUAACUGUGGAAACAUAUCUUUGAAAGAGAGAAAACAUAAGGCAUAUCUUUGUAGAGCGCAUAUCGGUUCUGUUUUUUGGUCCACACACACACGUAUGUACAUACAUAUUUAUAUUUGCAUAUUGACUUUUAUAUAUUUAUAAGUAGCAUAUCCGUUUACAAACCAACAAAAGCAAAGUAAAGUAGAAAAAUAAUAAAUAUUAAAAAAAACAUAAAAUUUGGGUUUUAAACAAAGAAAAUUAUUUAUUUUUUUGAAAAUACAAAAAUAUUGUCACUAAAAAUGUCAGCAAAUUUUGCGCAUUCGCUUGGCCUUCAAACAUUUUCACUUCAAAAAGUUUCAACAAACUGAAAGUUUUGCUAACCAAAAUACCAGGCUAAUAUCAUCUAAAAACAUAUCUUGACAAUAAUUUUAAGAUUAAAGAAAAACAAAACAAAAAGAAAAAGAAAAACAUGAUAGUAUGAAAAUAACGGUUGAAUUAGUAUGCAUGAUUGUUGGAUGUGCUGAGAAUGUGUGCGUUUGUUGUGAUUGCAAGUACAUACAUGCUUACAUCCAAACGAGCAUUGUACUUACAUACAUACAUACAAGAGGAAAUUCAUAAAUAAAUAGGCGUAUAUAGGCGAGUAACGGUGAAUUGGCGCAGUUGCACUAAGUAACGGCAAACUUUUUUGUAUUUUGUAAAAUUUAACACAAACAGAAAAAUAAAAAAAAAA